UGCAGAAACUGUGGAACGUGCGUUCCGUAUAAAGUUUGGUUGUAAUCCUCCAAGUGAUGAUAACAUCCGAACAUCUCACGACAAACGGUUAGUUAGAGACUUUCAAGAGCAGCAAACAGAAAUCAGUUCGGAAGGCUAGUCGUGAAUAAUUAACAAUUCCAGUGUCGACUGUUUUGGAAAGUUUUGCGGAAACACUUACAACUACGUCCUUGUGGUUUGCAGUUGUUUCCUCUAAAGCCUGCAGAAUGUGUUUUACGUGCCAAUUUCGAAAACGAAAUGUUUUUGCUCGUCGAUGAAGAUUUUUCGGAUCAUGUUGUUUUCAGUGACGAAUCAACAUACCAAUGUGCGGCGUAUCUGGGUCUUAGAAAAUUCUCACACAUUUUUGGUGCAAUAACUUAUAUUUCUCAAAGAAAAUCAACCUUGUUGAAUUAAAUUACUUAUUGGCUUAGAUUUAAAAGAACACCGAAUAACGUUGCUAAAAAAGGUCGUGUCUAUUUUUGCUGAAUAACAACACAAAUGUACGUGACAGUAGCUCGAAUUUCUCAAACCAACAUUUUUAAUUGAAUUAAUUUAAUUACAAGACAAGAUCGCACUGUCAUUCUGAAAUUAACAGUUCAAUUUGAACAGCCAACAGCAGAUUACCUCUCGUUUGAGUUUCACUCCAUAGUGGCUGACAAGCUUGCACAACAAUGACAACGCCAGGUGUCUACUGAGCAUUAUAGCCGUGACUUGUAGCGGGACGAUGACAAGCACUCUGCUUGUAGUGUUAGUGAUACCAGAGCCUGCACACUGACAACAUGUCUUUAGAACAGAGGUUCCUGGAAGCCGUAGAGAAGGUGAAGACUCUGACUCAGCGACCUACGGAUGAGGAGCUACUCGAGUUGUACGCCCUGUUCAAGCAGGGAAACUUUGGGGAUAACAAUACUGACAAACCCGGCAUGUUUGAUGUCAAAGGAAAAUACAAAUGGGAGUUCUGGAUGAAGAAGAAAGGAAUGACGAAGGAAGAAGCUCAAGAAGAAUAUAUUAAAUUUGUUGAGACAUUAUUAGAAAAGUAUGCUUAAAAAUAAACUUUCAUAAACUUUGUAAA